CGUCAGGAGUCUGGACAGCGGCGGGCGCGAGGGCAGGCGUGCCCGGAGUGGUCGCGCGUGCGUCUGCCGCCGCCCCUCGGCCUUUCUCUUCGCAGGUCCCCUCCCUCUCCGCCGGGACGCGGGAGAGCCCGGCGCGCGGCGGGGGCGCGAGGUGGAGCCGGCGGGGGCGGCCAAUGCGAAACUGGCUGGUGCUGCUGUGCCCUUGUGUGCUCGGGGCCGCGCUGCACCUCUGGCUGCGGCUGCGCUCCCCGCCGCCCGCCCGCGCCUCCGGGGCCGGCCCCGCAGAUCAAUUGGCCUUAUUUCCUCCAUGGAAAUCUAGUCACUAUGAUGUCGUAGUUGGUGUGUUGUCAGCUCGCAAUAACCAUGAACUUCGAAAUGUGAUAAGAAGCACCUGGCUGAAGCAUCUAAUACAACAUCCAUCAUUAAGUCAACGUGUGCUUGUCAAGUUCAUAAUAGGUGCUCGUGGCUGCGAGGUGCCCGUGGAAGACCGCGAAGACCCUUACUCCUGCCGACUGCUCAACAUCACGAAUCCAGUUUUGAACCAGGAAAUUGAAGCAUUCAGUCUUUCUGAAGACACCUCAUCAGGGGUUUCUGAGGACCAGGUUGUCAGCGUGAGCUUCCGAGUUCUCUACCCGAUUGUUAUUACCAGCCUCGGGGUGUUUUAUGAUGCCAGCGAUGUGGGUUUCCAGAGGAACAUCACGGUCAGGCUUUAUCAGGCAGAACAAGAGGAGGCCCUCUUCGUGGCCCGUUUUAGUCCUCCGAGCUGUGGUGUGCAGGUGAACAAGCUGUGGUACAAGCCCGUGGAGCAGUUCAUCUUGCCCGAGAGCUUUGAAGGUACAGUCGUGUGGGAGAGCCAAGACCUCCAAGGCCUCGUGUCAAGAAAUCUCCACAAAGUGACCGUAAAUGAUGGUGGGGGCGUUCUCAGAGUCAUGACGGCUGGGGAGGGCGCCUUGCCCCACGGAUUCAUGGAAGGUGUGGAGGGCGUUGCAGGCGGUUUCAUUUAUACCAUUCAGGAAGGUGAUGCCCUCUUACAGAACCUUCACUCUCGCCCUCAACGACUUCUUGACCAUAUGAGUAGUCUCCACAGGGAAGAUGCCUUACUGAGGGAGGAGAGCAGCGUCUACGACGAUAUAGUUUUUGUGGAUGUUGUCGACACUUACCGAAACGUUCCUGCAAAAUUACUGAACUUCUACAGAUGGACUGUGGAAACAACCAGCUUUGAUUUACUGCUAAAAACGGACGACGACUGUUACAUAGACUUGGAAGCUGUGUUUAACAGAAUUGUCCACAAGAAUCUGGACGGGCCUAAUUUCUGGUGGGGAAAUUUCAGGCUGAACUGGGCAGUUGACCGAACCGGCAAGUGGCAGGAGCUGGAAUACCCCAGCCCCGCCUACCCGGCCUUUGCCUGCGGCUCGGGGUACGUGAUCUCCAGGGACAUCGUCCACUGGCUGGCCAGCAACGCGGGCCGACUGAAGACCUACCAGGGUGAAGACGUGAGCAUGGGCAUCUGGAUGGCCGCCAUAGGGCCCGUGCGGUACCAGGACGGCCUGUGGCUGUGUGAGAAGACGUGCGAGCCCGGGAUGCUGUCCUCCCCGCAGUACUCCCCGCAGGAGCUGGCCCAGCUGUGGAGGCUGAAGGAAGCGUGUGGGGACCCCUGUCAGUGCGAAGCGGCCGGAGGGGGAGCGUAACUCGGGUGUGCGACCGAGUC